AUCCCGGGGGCGGAGCGCACGGGAAGGUACAGCCUGCCCGGAACACCAGGGACCAGUGUCCGGUGUGGAGCCCAUGCUGAACUCGUGCUCCGGGUCCCGGCCCCCUAACCAUGCGCUGCUUCGGGCUCUGGCUGCUCAGCGCACUGUGGCUGCAGGUGAUUGCCCACAGCUCCUCCUUACCGCAUGUGAAGCAGUACGAGGUGGUGAGGCCCCGGCGCCUGCCAGGACCCCGCACCCGCCGAGCUCUACCCUCCCAAGUGGGCCUAUACCCGGAGAGUGUGAGCUAUGUCCUUGAGGCCAAAGGGCAUGCCUUCACCUUGCACCUGCGGAAGAACAGGGACCUGCUAGGCUCGGGCUACACAGAGACCUACACAGACAUCAACGGCUCCGAGGUAUCGGAGCAGCUGCAGGGGCAGGACCACUGCUUCUACCAGGGCCACGUGGAGGGGCACCAACACUCCGCAGCCAGCCUCAGCAUCUGUUCUGGACUCAGGGGCUUCUUCCAGGUGGACUCAGCCACCCACCUGAUUGAGCCCCUGGAUGGAGGUGGUGAGGAGGAGCAGCAUGCUGUGUACCAGGCCGAGCACAUGCAACAGAAGGUCGGGACCUGUGGAGUCAGUGACACCAGCCUGAACAACCUCCUAGGACCUCGGAUGGCAGCAGCCUUCAAUCCUCAAGACCGGAACUGGCCACCAUCCCGAGAGACCCGCUACGUGGAGGUGUACGUGGUCACAGACAGCACAGAGUUCAAGCUCUUGGGGAGUAGAGAAGCUGUGCGCAGACGGGUGCUGGAGGUGGUGAACCACGUGGACAAGCUUUAUCAGGAGCUCAAUUUCCGCGUGGUCCUGGUGGGUCUGGAGAUCUGGAGCAACCACGACAAGUUCCUUGUCAGCCCCUCCGCAGAUGUCACCCUGGAGAACUUCCUGGCCUGGCGGGCCCAGGAGCUGAGGGGGCGGCAUCAGCAUGACAAUGUGCAGCUCAUCACGGGAGUCGACUUCACUGGGACCACCGUGGGACUGGCUAAGGUGUCUGCCAUGUGCUCCCACCACUCGGGUGCUGUGAACCAGGACCACAGCCAGAACCCCAUCGGCGUGGCAUCCACCAUGGCCCACGAGAUGGGUCACAACCUGGGCAUGGACCAUGACGAGAAUGUCCAAGGGUGCUACUGCCCUGUGCCUCGAGAUGGUGGCGGCUGCAUCAUGGCUGGCAGCAUUGGCUCCAGAUUCCCCAGGACAUUCAGCCAGUGCAGCCAGGUCGACCUAGAGACCUUUGUGAAGGAGUCCCAGCCUGCCUGCCUGAUCAACACCCCCAACCCUGACCGGCUGGUGGGCGGCCCCGUGUGUGGAAACCAGUUUGUGGAGCGUGGGGAGCAGUGUGACUGUGGCCCUCCCGAGAGCUGCCAGAACCACUGCUGCAAUGCCACCACCUGCCAGCUGGCUGAGGGGGCCGAGUGUGCCCGUGGGACCUGCUGCCAUGAGUGCAAGGUGAAGCCAGCAGGUGAGCUGUGCCGCCCCCUGAAAGCCAUGUGUGACCUCGAGGAGUUCUGUGAUGGACAGCAGCCGGAAUGCCCAGAAGAUGCCUUCCAGGAGAAUGGCACACCCUGCCCUGGGGGCUACUGCUAUAAUGGGAACUGCCCCACACUGACCCAGCGGUGCCAGGACUUAUGGGGGUCAGGUGCACGGGCCGCUGUGGAGAACUGCUUUGCCCACAGGAUCUCACUAGGCUGUCAAGGUGGGAUCUCUCCAGGAAUGAGCAGGGUUGACAGAUGUGGCAUCCUGUACUGCGAGGGGGGAAAGAAGCCCUUGACACGGAGGUCCUGCACCCUCACGUCCCACUCAGGUGCAUGCCAAGCUCUUGCCACAGAAGAGGACACUGCCUAUGAGUCAGUGCCCCAGGGCACCAAGUGUGGUGAGAAGAAGGUUUGCUGGGAAGGACACUGCCAAGACCUCCAAGUUUAUAGAUCCAGAAACUGUUCUGCUCAGUGCCACAACCACGGGGUAUGUCACUGCCACGCCGGCUGGGCCCCACCCCAUUGUGCAAAGCUACUGACUGACAGGCGUUCAGCACCCAGGAGCUUCCAGGUCAGUGUGCUGGUGCCUCUGGUGCUCCUUGUUGCCAUGCUGGUCAUCCUGGCAGGCGUCAUUGUCCAUCGCAAGAGCUGGAACCGUAUUCACAAGAGGAAUGCAGCUCCCAAGACCUCCAUGGGACUCUCCAACCCCCUGUUCCACUCGGGGGGCAGCAGCGUGCCAGCCAAGGGCGGAGCUUCAGUCCCCACUCCAGGCCCCCCAGAGCUGGUUUCUCCAACCCAUCCUAGGCAGCACCCCACACCCAUGGUUGCAUCAGUGACUCCAAAGUGGCCACCCCCUGCUCAUCCAGCCACCAUGUCCACCCCACCCUUCCCAGUUCCUGUCUACACCCAACAGGCUCCAGACCAGCUCAGAGCUGCUCCACCCACCAAGCCCCUCCCAGAGCUGAAACCCAAGCAGAUUGUCAAGCCGACCUCUGCACCCCCAAUGCCACCAGUCAAACCUGGGACUGGAGGAGCCAAGCCUGGCCUGACUCAGGGGGCCAUUGGCCCAAAGGUUGCUCUGAAGCCUCCCGUGCCUCCUGUCCAAAGGAGGUGACAGAGAUGGAGCUCUCAGAGCACCGUGAGGGGUACAUGUACACCUGCCUGGAAGUUUGGAAAAGUCACGGUAGAAGAGCCAAGCUCCUCAGCAUGCCUGGUCCACAUCCACAGGCUCUCAGUUUGACUUUGG